AUGGCGACUGCCGCUUCUGCCGCUGGCCCCGGGGCGCCGAUGUCACCGGACGACUUGCUCCCGAAAGGUGACGCCGAGAAGACCGAAGAGGAGCUGGAAGAGGACGACGACGACGAGCUAGAUGAGACUCUGUCGGAGAGACUAUGGGGACUGACGGAGAUGUUCCCGGAGAGAGUCCGCUCUGCGGCUGGAGCCACGUUUGAUCUCUCACUCUUUGUGGCUCAAAAGAUGUACAGGUUUUCCAGGGCAGCCUUGUGGAUUGGAACCACUUCCUUUAUGAUCCUUGUUCUUCCUGUUGUCUUUGAGACAGAGAAAUUGCAGAUGGAACAGCAGCAGCAAAUGCAACAGAGGCAGAUACUUCUCGGGCCCAACACUGGGCUGUCAGGAGGAAUGCCAGGGGCCCUACCAUCACUUCCUGGAAAGAUCUAG